CUGACUCCGCCAAAGAGGCAGGCAACGCUGAGGAGCAGUGCAAGGAGCCUCAGCUGAGAGUGGGCGGAAACCCAGUAUCCUGGCAACUUCGCAGCAGCCACCCUUUGACCUCGGCAGGAUCCUGCCGAAAUUCCUGAAACCUGCCCUGUGUCAGGGAGUUGUCCCAGGUACUAGUGCCUUUAAAGCUCUGUCCUUGGUACUGAAACAACGCCUCCCCAGCCUCGGGCAGACCCGUUCUCUGCCGUCUGCUCAGCACUGCGUAGCUACUGCCUUCCCCCAGCGAUUCAUCUGUGCUGAAACCGGAUGCAGACUGCUCCUGAGGGCUGUGACCUGGAGCCCGCAGGACCCUGAGUAGGGGUUUAGCUCGUUGUCUUUAUGUCAGCGGUGUUAAUACAGAAGGAGAGCUGACGCAGAGCAAUUGAGAGAGCCGCUAGCCCGGCAUUGGGAGGAAUCAAAGAGGAGAAACUCUGAACCCGGGCAUGGACCUGCCCAGAGCUGAACCCUACAUGGGAGGAGUAGGACACUCCGGUUACAAUGAGGAGCUGCUGCAUAAGACCAUCCUGGUGGGAGAUAGCGGUGUGGGGAAGACAUCUCUACUGGUUCAGUUUGACCAGGGCAAGUUUAUCCCAGGCUCCUUCUCAGCCACCGUGGGCAUCGGAUUCACAGUAAUGCUGUUGGGAGACUCAGGCGUUGGGAAAACCUGUUUCCUGAUUCAUUUCAAAGACGGGGCUUUCCUAUCCAAGACCUUCAUAGCCACUGUCGGCAUAGACUUCCGGAAUAAGGUGGUGACUGUGGAUGGUAUGAAAGUGAAACUACAGAUUUGGGACACAGCAGGGCAGGAACGAUUCCGAAGCGUCACCCAUGCCUACUACCGGGAUGCCCAAGCCCUGCUCCUGCUCUAUGAUAUCACCAACAAAUCUUCCUUUGACAAUAUUCGGGCUUGGCUAACUGAGAUACACGAGUAUGCCCAAAAGGAUGUGGUGAUCAUGUUGCUAGGCAACAAGGCGGAUGUGAGCAGAGAAAGGGUAGUCCGAUCAGAAGAUGGAGAGACAUUGGCCAGAGAAUAUGGUGUGCCUUUCAUGGAAACCAGUGCUAAGACGGGCAUGAAUGUGGAGCUAGCCUUUUUGGCUAUUGCCAGGGAGCUGAAGCACCGAGCUGGGCGACAACAGGCAAAUGAGCCCAGCUUCCAGAUUCAUGACUAUGUGGAAUCCCAGAAGAAACAGCCCAGCUGCUGCCCAUUUGUGUGAGAGAAGAGGGGCAGAAGGAGCCUGGGGAGAAUGAACCACUGGGUUUAGUGCCGUUCCCCACCUCCAGACUGAACUCUUAAACAUCUUGAGUACUCCAGGGGGGCAAUGAGUCCCCCAACUGAAAAAAAAAGGCACAAAGGGCAGAAGCAUAAGGAAUGCCAAAGAAAUAAGUUACACAUACACACCAUCCCAUCAAAGCUUUCCCCCAGGAGGGACCUAGACUCUUGCAUCAGGCUUACCCCAGGUUUCUCUGCUCCCCUCCUCCCAAUGCUUAUAGCUUCUGGGUCCCUGGUAUGAGACUUGGCAUUUGAGGACCAAAGAUAUUUUUAAGUUAAAUUUUGGUCUGGUACCACAAUAGUGAAAACUUCAGAAAAAUAGAAAACCCGUUUCCCUCAGAGAAAGGGGCUAAUAACCUCCCUAUUGCCUUUCAGUUCAGGGGGCCUCCAUCCAAACUUCUCUGGUAAAGCCCCCAGCCAACUCUUAACUUUAGGGGACUGUGGCUUUGUUCCAGCUCACCAGGAGAACCCAGAAAAGGGCAAUUAGUGGCUACUGUGCCCCCUACCACACUUUAGCUCAUGAGAGACAAGCAGCCUUUGUACUUUUUGUUUCUCAGAGGCUCAGGGACCACAAUAACCACUGAAUCACUGUGGUCUGACCUGAUGUAUGAUUCCCAAGUAUCAAAAGUCAAAUGAGUGAAAACCUCAGGAGAGUACAGAUGUGAAGGUGUGAAUUGAGUUUCAGUGUGUGUGUAUAUGUAAGAAAAGGAAGGAGUUGCACAAGUUCA